UCAAAACAUCCAACAAAUAUAUGGUGAGAGAGGAGCUUCUGGUUUUCUAUUGCGUAUGUGAAUGCGCCCUAAAGAUAUCAGGUGCAAGUGAAACUACCGUACCGACGGAUUGUUAAAUGUGGUUAAAUGCUAUAGAGCCAUAGAGGAUUAAUUUCGGCGUUGUGGCUAUGAUAGGUUAUAGUUUUGCCGCCGGGAUUGAUUUAUAACGCGUUUAUCACUGUAAAUAAUUGUAAACUACCAUAUACGAUCACCGUAAUCUCUCACAAAUUGUGGUCAUGCUGUUCUACUCCUUUUUUAAAUCCUUGAUCGGAAAGGACGUGGUGGUCGAAUUGAAAAACGACCUCAGCAUUUGCGGCACGUUGUAUUCCGUUGAUCAAUAUCUAAAUAUAAAAUUAGCUGACAUUAGUGUAACGGAUUCGGAGAAGUAUCCACAUAUGUUAUCGGUAAAGAAUUGCUUUAUCCGUGGAUCUGUGGUACGAUAUGUACAACUUCCAGUAGAUGAAGUAGACAUCCAUCUAUUAACUGAAGCGGCGCGAAGAGAAGCGAUGAAUGCUCAAGCAAGAUAGUUUGUAGUUUUCUUAAAUGUAUUACUUAUAUUAAGAAUUAAUUUCCUUUCUUUGGUAAUUACAUAAAUUUCGUAUUUAGUAUAGGAAUAAUAAUAUAUGGGGAGAAUCACACAUUUUGCACUAUUCAAGUUUUUUUUAAAAAUGAAUAAUACUAUAACGUUUUUCAAUAUAUAUUUUUAUUCAGUUAUUUUAAAAUAAAAAAUAUUUGUAACAAA